GGAGUUCUGAUCACAUGGGUUUCUACGAAAAACAGGCCUGUUUGUAAUUCUGUAAUUCAUUCCGUGACCUGCAUAGUUCUCUUAUUUGCCUAAAGCAGUAAUGUGAAGCAAUCUACGGAAUGACGAUGGCAGAAAGAGUCCUGCAGAAAUUAGACGUCCUGGAUGCGCAGGCAAAGGCCCUCCUGGACACACGAGCAAAGAAAAACAGGCUUCAAAAUGAAGAGAAAGGAAAAAUCUUGGUUACUCCCUUGACAUUUGACUUUCAUUUGGAAUUUGAAGAGGCUAUCGCUGUACCCACAUCUAAGGCAGCAUCGAGGAUGACAGCAGAGAAGUCAUGUGACACUAAGAAACCAAAAAAGUUUAUCUCCCUCAAAUGUGAGCCUGAAUCUAUCAAAAAUGAUUUUGAAAAGUCCAAUCUGAGACCGCAUAUUGGACCAUCAAAUAUAAGAAAUCAAGAUGGUAAGUCAAUAGAGUCAAAAGUAGAAGAAAAUCUAAAAUCAAGACCUAGAAGACACUUUCGUUAUCUGAAGGACGGCACUGAGGCAGAGUAUUCUCAGCGCAUACAAGGAUACAGAAGACCGCUGAAUUCUUCCAUCUUUUAUCCUGUAUUCAGCAACCAAGCUAGUGCUCACAAAAGGGAGAAAGACUCUACUCCAUUUACAGUUCAACUUGAAAACAAAACCAGCAAAUCACUGGAUUCCACUGGCCAUUUGGAAGGCUCUGGAAAUAAAAGAAACAGACCUCUGGCGAGUGACUUGAGGUCCGAAGAAAAGCAGGCAGCCGUAGGUGACCAGGCCAGUGCGUGGUGUUCAGCGAGAAAGGUCGGCUUGCUGCCCCUGUGCUUUGAGGAUGAACUGAAAAACCCAGACGCCAAGAUCAUCCCCGCGCCUCCGGUGGCGGCAUCGGCCAGGAGCGCACCACCUUCUCACGGGGUACAAGAUGACAAGAAACCCAUAAUUUUCCAUGAUACACAAUAUGUACAAACAUUGCUUUUGACAAAAAAUACCUUUACUGACCACAUUUUGGACAAUGAAAAAAAUCAUCCAUGUAAAAGGACAAAUUUUGUCUUGGAAAGAAAUUACGAAAUCCUCAACUCUUUAAUUAAUGGUGAAUCUGUUACUCUUUUGAAGCCCAAAAAGGCAAUGCACAUGGCAGGGGGAAGAUAUUUACAAGUUAGGUCAUGUGAAGAGGGCCACAGAACCACAAAGAAUAAGCCAAAGAAGAGUAAGGACCAGACGCUCGACACCAGGCCUUGGAGUACUCUUCACAACGCUUCCCAGACACUUUCCAGCUUGAAAAAAAAAACUGUGGAUUACCUCAAUAAAACUCCUAUUGGAGAAAGCAGCGCUGCGGCUGGCAGGUUUAGAAGGAUGCCUUCCGCAGCGAAGCCGACAGUCCCACCCAGAUUCAGGGCCUUGUUUCUCCGAAGUCAUUCAAAGCCUUUAAGAAAUAUAUUUGACCUACGUAAAUUAAAUAAUGCAACGCCAUUGGACGAUUUGUUACACUUCCCAAAAGGAAAUUAAACAAUUCCUAAGCUAUUGUGUAUGCAGCAACAUUGGGGCGACAAGAUGCAAGAAACGAGGUUCCACAUUCACAGAAGUCCUUACCCGAAUAGCAGUGUUCCCCUGGGUAGUGCAGGAAGCAAAGCAUGAAAUUGGAGUCAGGAUGGACAGUGGUCUGGUCAGCAGCAGUCAGCAGCCUGACCAGCUGUCAUCGGGCCACAGGGAAGCCUGCUCCUGACCCAGAAUGGUGCAAGUG